AUGCAGAGCAGAAGGAAAAUUAACUUGUUUCAUGUUCGUGGGAUGCUGUCGAGGAAGCUGAAUGUCGCGGUGCUACAGCUGAACCCGCGGAUUGGGCAGGUGUCGGCUAAUAUUGAGAGGGCUAAUAGGAUUUUGAGGAACCAUGGGUUUUUGAAUGAGACUGGACAGCCGAAUCGGCGGCCGCUGGAUCUGCUGAUUCUGCCGGAACUGGCGUUCACGGGGUACAAUUUCAAGUCGAGAGACCAUAUUACGCCCUAUUUGGAACCGACAAGCUCGGGGGUGAGCUCGAAAUGGGCUAUGGAUAUCUCCAAAUCGCUGAAUUGCCACACUUUGGUCGGGUACCCGGAAUUGUGCUCGAAAUCGAACAACAUCUACAACUCGGCAGCCAUGUUUUCUCCCUCUGGCAAAGUGCUAUUCAACUAUAGGAAGUCCUUUUUAUACUCGGCAGAUGUAGACUGGGGCUGUUCUGAGAGUCCUGAUGGGUUUCAAAGCUACACUCCAGAGUUCGAAUCAGUCGCCCUCAAAGGUUUGAAGGUGCAGGUGGGCAUUUGCAUGGAUCUCAACCCGUAUAAAUUCGAAGCCCCUUUUGAGAAAUUCGAGUUUGCUAAUUCUGCUCUAGAGAAUGAUGUGUCACUGAUCCUGUGUCCAAUGGCAUGGCUCAAUAGCGAAAGUCCCAGUUUACAGACCUCAGACGAAGCGAAACAACUGAAGAAGAAACAACUCGAGCAUGAAAUGGAUCCUCUGGAACCAGACGUAUCUACUCUUAAUUACUGGUUUGUGAGAAUGAACCCGUUCAUUAAAAGCCCUCCAAAACGGAAAAUAGCCUUUGUCACUUGUAAUAGAAGUGGUUGGGAAGACGACAUCCUCUACGCCGGUUCCAGCCAGAUCUCGGUCUUCGACCCGGCUCUCGCUUCUAAAAACUACAUCAGUUUCUACAGCACACUUGGUCAGCUCGAAGAGGACCUUAUAUACCAGGAAAUCGACGUCGAGCCCCAACCAGGGUCCGACUCUCCUGUUUCGUGA